AUGGAUCUAAUCCAAGCUUUUAGAAUUAUUGAUCUUUGGAUUUCAUUGAUAGUUAUGAUUCCAUUAGGUUGGGUUCGUUUGUAUGAGUUUUAUGCCUAUACUUUGCUUGAUUCGGGUGCGUCUCAGUCAUUUGUGUCCGCUACUUUAGCUUGGAUAUGCAACCUAGUUAUGGAACCCUUACCACAAUCUCUGGUAAUGGCACUACCUAAUGGUGAGAGUGUGUUGUGCUCAAAAGUAGCAUUAGAUUGUCCUUCGGAUUUCAGUGGGAGGACACUUGAUGCAGAUCUGAUCGUGUUCAAGUUACUCAGGUUCGACAUUAUUCUUGGAAUGGAUUGGUUGUAUCUGCAUUUUGCUAGCAUCAAUUGUCGGAGUCAGGUAGUCAAUUUCCAUCUCCCUGGAGGGGACUAUUUGGAGUUUGUGGGAAGCAAGCUGAAGGCAAGACUUGUAGUCAUAUAUGCAAUUCAAGCGAAGAAGGACUUAGCGAGUGGGGCGGAUGCAUUUUUGGUUCAAGUGGUGCCUACACCGUCUAUGAAGAAGUCUGUAACGGAUAUCCCAGUUGUGGAGGAGUUCCCUAAUAUGUUUGUGGAUGGUUUGCCUCAUGUUCGCGACUUAGAGUUCCCCAUCGACUUGGAACCUGGAGCGGCUCUAGUGCAUAAGGUUCCUUACCAUAUGGCACCAAAUAAACUGAAGGAGUUGAAAAAUCACUUGCAAGAGCUAGUAGAUAAGGGGUUCAUCAGCCUAGUUCUUCGCCUUGGGGAGUACCGGUGCUGUUUGUUAAGAAGAAGGAUGAUACCCUCAAAAUGUGUAUUGAUUACCAAAAGCUCAACUAGGUGA